UGACAAAUGGCAUAAAUGUCAAUAAAUAAAAAUAAUGUGAUGGUGAUCAUAAAAAGUUUAAUUUAUCGUUAAUUCUUAUUGCAUACAUUAAUUUUAAAGGGGAAUUUUUAAUCUGCGCCAGAAAAUGUCGGAAUCAAAGCCAGGGGUGCAGCCCCUAGUUAAAAUUGGCCAUUAUGUUCUGGGCCAAACUCUAGGUGUAGGCACUUUUGGUAAAGUAAAGAUAGGAGAGCAUCAGCUUACUGGCCAUAAAGUUGCUGUUAAAAUAUUAAAUAGGCAGAAAAUAAAGAGUUUGGAUGUCGUGGGAAAAAUCCGAAGGGAAAUUCAAAACCUUAAGCUGUUUCGUCAUCCCCAUAUUAUUAAAUUGUACCAAGUUAUAAGUACCCCUACUGAUAUUUUUAUGAUCAUGGAAUACGUUUCGGGAGGAGAACUGUUUGAAUACAUUGUAAAACACGGAAAGUUGCAGGAGCACGAAGCCAGGCGCUUCUUCCAGCAAAUUAUAUCAGGAGUCGAUUACUGUCACAGGCAUAUGAUUGUACACCGUGACUUGAAGCCUGAAAAUUUGUUAUUAGACCACAAUAUGCACGUUAAAAUUGCAGAUUUCGGUUUAUCUAACAUGAUGACAGAUGGUGAAUUUUUACGAACUAGUUGCGGUUCACCAAAUUACGCAGCCCCAGAGGUAAUUUCCGGUAAAUUAUAUGCAGGACCAGAAGUAGAUAUAUGGUCAUGUGGAGUAAUUCUUUAUGCCCUACUUUGCGGUACAUUACCCUUCGAUGAUGAACAUGUACCAAGUCUUUUCAGAAAAAUUAAGUCCGGCAUAUUUCCUAUACCGGAUUAUUUGAAUAAAUCUGUAGUCCAUUUGCUGUGCCAAAUGUUGCAAAUUGAUCCUAUGAAAAGAGCAUCAAUCGAAGAUAUAAAAAAGCAUGAUUGGUUCCAAAAAGAUUGUCCAGCUUAUUUGUUUCCUUCACCUGUUGAACAGGAUUCUUCUGUUAUCGAUACCGAUGCCGUAAAAGAGGUUUGCGAUAAAUUCGGUGUGCAAGAACCGGAAGUCCACUGUGCUUUACUUAGCGGAGAUCCUCACGAUCAAUUGGCCAUAGCAUAUCAUCUUAUUAUAGACAACAAACGCAUAGCAGAUGAAGCUGCCAAGGCCGAAAUUAAGGACUUUUAUAUAGCUGGUAGUCCGCCACCAGUAAGUCCGAGUCCGGCACCUCACGACCCAGGAAUGAGUCCAAUGAAACCGCAUCCUGAGAGGAUAGCGCCUCAAAGACCUUGGCCACCUACUACAACUACAUCUGCUGUAGGGGAAAGGGCCAAAGUGAAGAGGGCUAAAUGGCAUUUAGGAAUCCGUUCACAAAGCAAACCCAACGACAUUAUGAUGGAAGUAUACAGAGCUAUGAAGGCUUUAGAUUACGAAUGGAAAGUUAUCAAUCAAUAUCAUAUUCGUGUUAGACAUAAGAACAAAUUGCAAAAUCGUCAUGUUAUGAUGGCGUUACAGCUAUAUCAGGUUGAUUACAAGAGUUACUUAUUGGAUUUCAAGAGCUUGAGCAAUGAAGAAAGCGAAUUCAACCUGGGAUGUUUGAUGAAUGACGCCAUUGCAACUCCUAUUCAAAAUAUUGUUCCUGUAAACUCUAAGGCAACAGGACAUCAUACUAUGGAAUUUUUUGAAAUGUGUUCCGCUCUUAUUAUUCAACUUGCACGAUGAGCUUUUAAAUUUUUCGAAAUUUACAAUAUAUUUCCUUAGGAAAUAACAAAUUUAUUUCGGUAGAGGUUUUUAGUUGUUUUUUGUUAGUUGGGCGUUUUAACUGGGGUUUUAAAAUAGAAAAAUAUUUCUAAAUAUUAUAAACAUUUACACAUUUUAUUUUAAAGGUUCCUGUUGCUCAAUUGUAAAAACAUUCAACCUAUGUAAUAUUUAUUGUUAAUAUGUAUUAUAUUUUUUGUUGUCAAAAUUCAGUAUUGAUCUAUAAAGGAAAGGAAUUGGAAAAAAUUGGAAAAAUAUAUGUUUCAAACUUAA